AUGUCGGGAUUUGAAGAUAAUUUUUUUGAUGAUAAUAAUCCAUUUAAUGAUCCUUCUAUUGCUGAAGUGACUCAUCAUGCUGGAAAAAAUUCAUCUGGUUUAGAAGGUUAUUCUCCAUUUGCUGCAAAUUCCAAAGAAAAUGCAGAAUCAACACCAGUUGCAGGUCCUGCUAUUAUGCAUCCAACCACUCAAGACAUUUCCCCGAAUCCAACUCAGUAUAAUAAAAAUAAUAAAUCUGCUCCACAAUACACUGUUGAAGAGUUGGAGUUAAUUGAUAUAGAAAAUUACAUUAAUGUCAGAAAAAAUAAUUGGCCACCUUUACCUGAAAACUUUUGCGUACAACCAUGUUUCUAUCAAGAUAUAAGUGUUGAAAUUCCUCCUGAAUUUCAAAAAAUUGUUAGACAUUUAUAUUAUGUAUGGAUGUUUCACGGAUGCGUUAUGGUAAUGAACGUUAUUGGCGGUUUGGCGUUACUACUUGAAUUUGGAGAAUUCGUUACAUUCGGCGUUGGAAUUCUUUAUUUACUUUUAUUUACGCCAUUUUCCUUUUUAUGUUGGUAUCGUCCAGCUUAUAAAGCAUUUAGAAGUGACAGUUCUUUCAACUUUAUGGUUUUCUUUUUUGUUUUUUUUUUCCAGUUUAUUGUAACAAGUAUUUUGGCCAUAGGUAUGCCCGGCUCAGGAACAUGUGGAAUUCUCAGAGCUAUUUCAUGUUUUAGUAGUAAAGAAAAAACUGCUGGGUCAAUUAUUGUCGGCAUAAUUGUUCUCUUAAUUGCUUUUUCUUUUAUUGUUCUCGCUGCUGGUGAAUUAUUACUUUUAACUAGAAUUCAUACAAUUUAUCGUUCAUCCGGAGCUAGUUUUGAAAAGGCUCAACAAGAAUUUACAAAAGAAUUUUUAGGAAAUCAACUCGUGAGAAAUGCUGCUAGCGAUGCUGCUGCAGCAACAAUAAGAGCCCAAAUGGGAGGAGGAGGAAAUCAGCAAACCAACAGGUACUAG